AUGUCAUUAGCUCGAGAAGUGGGUCGACAUACAAGUAAAAGCAAAAAAGACUUGCUCGAUUGGAUUGAAAAUGCGAUCGGGUCACUCGAAACAGGUGAAAAAUAUACAAAAGAUGAGAUUUUAGAGAUUGCCAUGGUCUCGGCAGCUCUAAGUGAAUACAGUGAAGCUUUGCUGGCUAAAAUGUAUGAUCGAGGUGAGUUCAAUGCACUACCAAAUGUGCCACUACAUACUCGUAAUUUACGAAUGCCUGGAAAACAACAGGCGUGUCGUGAUAGCUCGGAUGCUGCAAAUAAAGACAAACUUGAGGCAGCACAUUAUAUUGGACUAGAGGUCAUGCUUCGGCUUAAUGAACGGCUAUCGGUCGAGCACCGGAUGGGAGAAGAAUUGCGUGAAAUUCUCAACCACCCAAGCAAUCUCCGGCUUGUACUGGCAACAAGUAAUCAGAUUUUGCACAAAAAGGUGGAUGCAAUGCUGAUUAAUGCUAUUGAGAUACCUGCAUCGUUAAAAGGUACGGUUGUUGAUAGUAAAUGCCAGCGUAAAACAUCGGCAAUUGAAUACGACCGACUGGUUCAGAUUGCAAAGCAUGCCCAAGAAAAGAACUUUCAAGACGCCAUGAUUGCAGCCAAUGGUCACUAUUUGUAUGCGAGCUUACGCCAGCAAUUUCAUUUGGUGAAUGUUGGGGAUCGACCCAAGCUGUGGGACACUGAAAAGGACAAGCUCGAGCUUAAACAUCUUCCUCGCUCAAGAUUUCGCUCACCGUCACCAGCACCACGACAACCUAGAACCCCUCCGUCACCAGCAAAGAAACGAGAUCCAGAACCUAGAAUGGUGAAUCACUCAUCGGUAACUGCAUCCACGUUUUCUGAAAAGAAACAUCGAAACCCAUUUUCUCGCUUGGCAGCUAAAAUAUUCCAUUCGCGCAGCACGAAAACACUGGCGCAUGCCACUCGAUCCACUUUAACGUCAAGGCAAAUACCCCAGGAGCCUCCACGUUCCUUGGUACCGAAAGUCCAGGUAAAAGGGAAAAAGAAAAAAUCAGUGGCGAAGACGAAAACGUCACACCAGACUGGAAGUGCAAAGCCCAAGACCAAGCUGGAUCGGAAAAAGAAAAAUCAUCCUCGCACGGUAGCAACAAAGACUAUACGAAAAUCGGCCCCUCUUUCAAGCGAAGAGUCUGCUUCAUUCGUCAACUCAUCUUCGGAAGACAGCGAUUACGUUGACGAAGAUGAUGAAGAAGAUGUUGAAGAUGUUGACAGAGGUGUUGACGAGGUUGGAAAGGAUGCUGACCGUGUAUUUCACAUUGGCCCUCGCGGAGGCAAGUACUACAUCAAUGCAACCGGCAAGAAAGUGUACGCUAAAGCAGCUUAA